AUGACGCAACAGCAAGGCAGUUCCAUCGCAGAAAUUUACAAAGGCGUAAUUAGCGAUGUCAUUAGUCAGGUGAAAGAAGCUUUUUUAGAUGAAAACGUUGAUGUAGAAGUCUUGCAGCAGUUGAAAAAGGAAUGGGAGGACAAAUUGAUUAGAAGCGGCAGCGUAGAUUUUGAGCUUCCAAAACCCGUACAACCUCCUCCAAUUCGUCAGGUUAAAACUGCACCACAUAUGAUGACUACCACGCCUCAAGCAAUGCCGACUGGUACCAUAAGAAUAGCGCAAAAUGCUCAGCAUAUAUUAGUGCAGCCGAGUGUUCCUUCUCAAAUGCCGCAGCAGGCAGUCGUUAUGCAAGCUACCAAUGGUCAGCCAAUGCAGCGGCAAAUACAGCACGUCCAACAUAUACAAAUACAGCAUGUGCAGCAUAUAAGCACAGGAAGUCUUCCAUUAUCUGCAGAUACAAACGUUUUGCAGCAGGCAGUUCAACGACAGCAAGUUGGACAGGGCACUUCUCAAACAAUAGCUACGCCUAUACAGUCAGGGAUGAUAUUUCAUCCAGGUCAGGGAGCCAGAAUAGUGAAUCAAGGUGGACAGCAGUAUAUUGUUCAUGGGACGGCUCCAAACUUGACACCUGGAAGUAGUGUUAUGAUUGUCAAUGCGAAUGGUCAACAAAUCCCGGUUACUUUGAGUUCGGCUGCAAUGUUACAACCAAGUCGUAUUCCUCAGAAUCAAAUGAGUACGAAAGUAGAAGGAGUUCCGCAGCUGGAUGGUACAGGUGAAGUUGAUACGCAACCGGGUUCGUCGGCCGGGAGUACUGGAUUAGGAAAAGGAUCCAGGUCUAUGGUGAAAGGACAGUUGUAUGAGCAGUCUAGAGGACGACGGUUGAAACCAAUUUCAGUUUAUCAGCUAGACGGCACCGGCCGCAUUAGCGAUUCUUCGUCAGAUGAGGAUGACGUUGAUGAAGAUGAAGACGAUGAUCCUUACCGUAGAAUAGCUGACCAAAUAGAUGACGAUACAAAUACUGCUGAAGAUGAAGAACAGUUGGUUGAAGAAGACCCAUUAAACUCAGGGGACGACCAGAGUGAUGAUGAAGAUGUGGAACGUUUAUUUGAAGCAGAAAAUGUUGUAAUGUGUCAAUUUGAAAAGGUUCAUCGCGCUCGUAGCAAGUGGAAGUUUACCCUAAAAGAUGGAAUAAUGCAUAUUCAGGGUAAAGAUUACUGCUUCCAACGAUGCUCAGGAGAGGCGGAAUGGUGA